AUGGAGCUGAGGUCGCUGCUGUGGGCACUCGUCCAGGAGUUCAAAUCGGAGGUGUACGAGGACAAGGCGUCGCCGGCCCAGCCUGUCAGCGUGGGCAACUCGCACGGAUUCGUGAUGCUCGGGAUAUCGUCGCUGUUGACGGUAGUCGGCAACGCCGAGACCACGGUUCUCGAGGCCGCGAACGGCUCUCUUCGGGAUCAUGUCUGA